AAUUUGUAGCACGGUUUCGAAGGCUAUGCAAGUGUGAAAUACAGAGUAACUGAGAUCUUCUUCAACCUAUCUUCUUCAACCUAAUUUCAGUUUUCUGGCGGAAAAACUUUGAUACAAUCAGCAAGUUUGCUUGGGAAACGUGAAUAUUAGAUUGAAAUCUCGUUUCCCAUUCGUUUCCGGGAUGAAUUCAGUUUCAAACACGUCUCCAUUUUUCUGAAACGGUUUCGGCGCGUUCCGAAACGCGUUUCCGGGGUUUCCCCGUUCCAGGACGUUUCGGAAACGCACCCUAAAGUUCCUGUAUACGCCACUGCUUACUUCACACCAACAACAAUGGCGUCCAGGCGGUGUUUCACCACUCUCACCCGCCUUUCGUUCAACCCCCUCUUCUCCAAGUCCAACUCGCUCCACUCCCUCAAAUCUCUAACUUCUCCCCUCCGUUCUCUGCAAUGCCUCCCCCACACUCUCUCUCCUCAAUCCAACCCUCAUUCAUUCCUACCUCGCUACUUCUCUUCCCGUACUCAAAACCAUAAAUCCCCCAAAAUCACCGAAAACGAUGAGGAUGAGGAUGAUGAUGAUGAUGAUGAUGAUGAUGAUGAUGAUGAUGAUGAUAAUGAGGAAGAUUAUACAAGCGGAGAAGAGGAGAGAGAAGUUUCAAAUGAGCCGUCUAAUCUAGCUGAUAGAUCGUAUUUUGUAGAGGAUAAACUUGAAGAAGCUGCUCAUAUUGGGUAUAAGGUUAUUGGGCCGCUUUUGCCUACUGAUCGGGUUUUUAAACCCUAUGAACUCGCUUUUGCAGUUGUUCAGGUAGGAUCGCAUCAGUUUAAAGUGAGUAAUGGGGAUUGCAUCUAUGUGGAGAAGCUCAAGUACUGUGAGGUCAAUGAUAAGUUGAUCUUAAGUAAGGUCUUGAUGGCGGGUUCACCAACUCAAACAAUGAUCGGGAGACCUAUAUUGCCAGAGGUAGCAGUUCAUGCUGUAGUGGAGGAGCAUGCUUUAGAUGCCAAGGUGAUCAUCUUUAAAAAGAAGCGAAGAAAGAACUACCGGAGAACCAAAGGUCACAGACAGGAGCUCACUAGGUUGAGAAUAACUGACGUAGAAGGAAUUGAGAAACCAGAAGCACCACCAGUUGGGAAGACGCUUAAAAUAUCUGCUAAGAAAGUAGAAAAAGUAGCAGUGGAUGCAUAGUUGAAUUGCUGAUCUGAUAUGCUGAAUUGCUGAUGAUAGAGGCUCAACUCUUGCAAACUGACACUGGGAUUUCAUGUCAUGUUUGUUGAAUUUAUGUUAUAGGAAGUUUUGAUUCUAACCAUAUGUUAGGUUUUGAUGGUUAAUCUUGUAGGUGUAAAAUUUGUUCAAUUCAUAAACCAUCGAGCAGACACGUGCAAUUCUUCUCCCUUGAUGAAAGGAGUUGGAGGUCUACUGGAAUGAGUUCAAUAUCGUAGUUGUCUCCUUGAUAAAGUUCUGGUUAACAUUAUGGAACAUCUGUUUUGCCAACUUUACCUGUGGCCAGUUGUUCAUAGAUUUAUGUAAGAAAUCGCAGAAGGGGUAUUUUUACCACUGUUUGCAUAUCUUUUUAUUUGUGUUGUAUUUGGUCGUAUUUCAAUAGUAUUUCAAUAAUCAGUUUUUUUUUCCUCUCCUGAAAA